CCCUCUUCCUGUCCGAGGAGGUCCUAUUCCCUCUUCGCUGCCUCUCCCUCUCCCAUCCUGUCAUCGCUCUUUAAUAGCUUGCCUUCAGCGUCGUUGCCAUGUCUAAGGAGGAGGCAGAGAAUGUCAAGGCGGCCCCAUCGAUUGAGGCGGUGCCGGCAGAUGCCACGAAGCCGACCUCUUCGCCCGUUAUGCCAGCCCUCGAUUCUUCGGCGACUGCCACCUCGUCGACGCUCCCUUCCGGUACCACGACUCCUGCACUUCCAGAUCUGACCAUGCCUGACAAGGUUGUCGAGGCCCUUCGCUCGACGUCUUUUUCUGCUUCCAAUGGCCUCUCAGCUACCGAUACCGACGCCAAAGACAAGAAUGCCGACAAGGCUGUAAUUCUGGGCAUUGCCGUGGUGGACUUCAAUCAUCUCGUUGGGCCGCAAGUCGAAUAUGCGCACCCAAAGGAGCUGGCAGAAGAUGAGGAGCUCUGUGGAAAGCUGCCAUUCCUCGCUCUACCUGACGGUAGUCACCUGUCUGAUGAGGACUUCUGCUACUUUCACAUUGUCUCGAAGACUCUUCACCCAGCCACAGUCUUUGGGAUAUCGUGUAAUCGGCAGAUUGCCAGUUCGCAAUUGGCGGUCAGGGGUAAAGAAGUGACGAGAAGCACUGUGCAAAAGGCCGUCGUCGUCUUGGCAAGAGAUCCCGUCUUCGGCCCAAUCAAAGAGAAGCUCGGCGUGGUCACGCGGGCGUUCUUUGCUCAGGGAGAUUUUGGCGAUACCGACAUUCUCAUCGAAUUCCAUGCCACUCUCGAGGCGGGGCUGAGGGCGGCAAAAGGGACGAUUCGCACAAAUGAAAGUCCCGUAGCUGUUUCAGGGGACACUGCUGGCGAACAGGAAGGAGCAGAAGCAAAGAAAGCAUCCAAAGCCAGUGAUCGACAUGAUGAAAGGGAGGCCGUCAUGUACAUGGGUACAUCUCUACGAGAGCUCAUCUUCAAAUGGCGAUUCAAGACAUUGAUGCUGCUGAAGCUGCUGCUGCUGCAGAAGAAGAUCAUGUUCUUUGGAUACCCCGUCGAGCGGCUUUGCACCUAUCAAUACAGCCUCGUCUCGCUCGUGCCCGACCUUAUGCUCGCGCUGGAAGACUCAGGGUCGCCCACGAUGGAUCGACAGUCAUCCAAGAGGAAGAGAGCGGAGAGCUUGAAGACGUCGGACCGCAAAAGCUUGCUCCGCUUCAUGGGCCUGCCGCUCCACCUCUUUGGCCAGGGCGCCUUCUUUCAACCCUACCUACCCCUGCAACAGAUUGACGUUGCUAGCAAGGCGGAAAGCUAUCUGGUCGGCACAACCAACAGCAUUUUUCGGCAGCAGAAGGAGAUGGCCGUAGACGUCGUCGUUGAUCUGGAACAAACAACAUUGGAGUUCAUCGACCCGAGACUGCAGCACAUCGUCUCUCUCACGGCCGCUGAUCGCAAGUGGAUGGACGAGGUGGUCAACGUCGUGUUAGAGACUUGGAACGCCGCUGACCCUUCAAGGCCGUCGACAAUGCAAUACAGCGGCAGCGACGACUAUCUACGGGCCAAGUUUGAAGAGUACAUCUGUGCCAUGCUCUCGACCGUCAAAUACAAUGAGCACAUUGGCACCUCGACCGAGGCGCCACCAAAGUCGACCAUUAGUACGCCCAAUCUGGCCUCGUCAAGCGUUGUGUUGCCGCCGUUGGAUACCGCAGGACAGCAAAAUUACCCUCCGAGCACCUCCUCAUCCACCCCGGCUGGACCGCCUCGCGAUGUCGGUAUUGAGGCAUUCGGCGCUGACUUUGUGCAAGCAUUGAAAUUGACAAAAGCGUAUGCGCUCUGGGACGCUACGACGGAUCCGAUGCUCUGCGACAUUGUGCCUCACAAGCACCCAUGCGAAGGAAGGACGUCUACUCUGGAAGAUGUCAGCCUCAGGCUGACGGCUGGCUUCCACGACCUGCACCUCGAUGAGCAGCUAGGGCCAACAAGAGAAGCUCUUGGAAAUGCUUGGCAGCAAGGCAGCCAAACGGCGUGGAAGCUGGCGAACAAGUGGGGCAAUGACUUGGCCAAGUUCAGAAGGGAUCAAAUUGCAAAGGCGGCAGAAGCACGAGAGGGAUCGGGGCAAGCAGCAGCGGCAGCAGACGUACACAGCCCGGAAAAGGGAAUCCACCACGUCUCGUCCUCGACGACUAGUGGUGGUGCCGCGGCAGGGAAAGAGGGUAUCAACACAGCCGAAGUCAUGGCAAGUGCGCAAGCUCUGCAGGCACAAGCACAGGCAGCCGCCGCUCAGGCUGGCACCCACGUUCGGCAGGCCCUGGGCAACUUUGGGACGUUUUGGAGCGCGAGGCAAAAGGCUUGGGGUACGCCACAGGCACCGAGCUCAACAGCUCAAGCAGCACCAACUACACCUGCUGCAGAGACGAGUCAGAGCCCAGUUCAUGCAUACCAGCCGAGAAUACCGAAGUCUCCGCCCAAAGGAGAGGAGCAAGCCGAUGCUCAGAAGCCGACAUCAUGAACUUACGCCAUUCCUUUUAUCGACUUCUAUUCGUCCUUUGUGUAUCUGUACCACAACACACAGCAAUCUGGCAUUAUUAACCUCGACGAUGAAAAGGAGGGAAAUAUGAAGGAAAGUACAGACAGAUGAAACAUCAAUACAGUGUAAGCAGGCACUUGGGUCGUUCAAUUGUUGUCGCUCUCGAUCGGAAUGUUUUUCGAUGCGGAGGCGGGAGCCUCAUCAUACCCUCCUCCUCGCAAAGGUCCUGCGUAAUUUCUAGGCUCCUCGUUGCAGCCAUAGAGACGGUUCUUGGGCCACACCUGCCCGUAGC